ACGUGCAUCUGUAAAGCAUGAGUCCUUCUUCUAAAGUAUUUGUCUCCAUCACUGAUUAUGGAACCCGCCCGACAUGGGAAGGUCAAGUCUUAUGGACCACAAUGCUCCUAUCAUCACAGUCAGGCUGUGGAGUGUCUUCCACCUCCUCUCCCUCCCCUGGGAGACUGACACUAACCAGUGCUGGUAAGGAACUACAUGAUAAUUUUCUGAAGGCCCUAGCAAUAAGAGAAGAGGAUAAUCGCAAUGGGAAAGUGAGCUUUAGAGCCUGUGACUAUGCUCUCUCUUCUGACACCUGUGGAUCUCCUGCUUAAUGAAGAGGCCAGCUCAAUUCCUCCCCACAAGCAGUAGCACCAUUUGCAUCUUCAUCAUUACAUGUUUUAUACACACAAACUAUGAGCAAAUGUUUGUUUUUCUCUGAUAUAACAGUGGAAAUGAGAGUCUAGAACAUGCAGUCCUGCUGGGGUCCAGCUGCAUUGUUUAUAAACUAAUAGGUGUAGAAUGAAAGUCCUCAGUCACUACUGCUAAUGCGUGUGCACUUUUAGCUUGUCUGCAAACUUGGAAUUACUGAAGAGAUAAUGAUUUAAAAUCCUAUUAAUAAUGAAUACAGAUUCAAAAGUCUCUUAGCUGUACUUGGCGAUUGUGUUGCUGUGAAUUCUACCUAAAAGAAGGGACCCUAUUACUCCUCAUCUCGCUGACUGCUACUGUUCCAUCCUCAGGAAAUCUUUCAGGUCUGAAAAUUGUGUUUUGAGUGAGUGUAAGGAUUCAUUUAUUCCUUAAACACUACUGGUAGUGUUUUUACAAGGCAUGUGCCCAAAUCAUAAUAUGUGCUUUAAGCAAUGAAGUAAUGAAAGUUGUUGACUAUCAGUAGGAAACUUGGAUGCUAUUCAGUUGAUUUUGGGAUAUGAGGGGAAAAAAGGUAAAGCUCACUGGAUCUCAAAGGGAAAACUUAAAAAUCCAUGAAUAAUAAACAGGGAAAUAUUUUUAAAAGGCAGGGUGUCAAAUACCUAUGACAUCAGUUUAAUAUAUAUGAUCCACACUCAUAUAUAGAACAUUGCCCACACUCACAGUGACCUUGGCCACUGAAUGAAGGCCAUAUUUUUGAAAGACUUGAGUUGUACUGGAGCAGUUGCUGAAAUAGGGUAGGCAUAAAUACACUUUCCUUCCAUUCCGUAUAUAGAACUUUCCCGACCUGUUUAUUUUUCCUUAAACAAACAUAUCAUCUGAUAUAACCAAUCCAAAGAAAAUGUUCUCUCCCAACACAUGAAUGAAACCCCCUCUUACUGCCCCUUUGCUAAAUCCUGGAGAUUCUGAUGUAGUUCAGGCUUUUAUACCAUAUUCAUGUCACUUUUGGAAUCACUUCAACGAGUGCCCAAAAUUAUUUUUAAACAUUUAAUCAGCUUCUGUUUAAGCCUGCUUUCUCCAUUGAGAGUGGGAGUUUAUUUGCCAUAUUGUGAGUAUAUUAUAAUAAAGACGGAAGCCCUGUGCUGCAUGAAGUUUUAUAUGAGAAAUCAGCUUUAGUCUUAGUCUUCCAUAGAUACACAGAAUGACAAAAUUUAGAAUGUUACAUAAAAUUUGUGCCGUGGCACUUAUGAAAAUUCUUUCAUACUAUGGUUAUUUUCUGAUAAUUAGAUACAGGCUUAUGGUAUGCUAAAGAUAACAGGCUCUGCAGUUGUAUCUCUGAUUCAUAGAUCAAUUGUGGUACUAGUAAGGAGACUGCAGGGCAAGCCUCUGUACUUUGUCUGUUGUGGAGUGACAGAGAUAAUGACAUCCACUUAGUGAACUGCAGGAUGCCUUAAAUAAUUCACAAUGAUGUACAUUGUGUGGUGUCUAUAUUUAUUGAUUGGUUAAGAAAUAGUAGAUAUUAAGAGAUAAUAAAUUGUAUAUGAAAUAGUGACGCUCCUAAGAAUAACUGGAUAAUCUUUUAAAAUAUUGUUGCUUUUCAAAUAUGUGAUAGAGCUAAAAUUGAAGCAGUCAGGAUUUCAAUCUCAUUGUUUUAUUACUUGGCAUUAUUAAACAAUUGAGCUUCUGUAACUUAUUUUGUCUGAAUGUUGAAUAUAGCUGAUUUGU